AUGAAGUCAGUCUUGGCUCUGUCCCUCCUUUCGGGAGCUCUGGCUCUGCCAGCCUCCAACCCGCUCAAGGUCUCUGCCGGCAAGCGGUACUCGCUGACCCGCGACAAUGGCGAGGCUAAUAUUGCCGGCAUCUUUGCUUCUCUGAACCAGACUCUGCACAAGUACAACCUCCAGCCUCUGCCGUACUAUGCACCCGUCGCCGAGAAGCAAGCCGCCAUGUUCGAGGCGCGUGUGGCCAAGCGCCAGGCCAACGAGCCAAUCACGGACCAGACUCAGCUGGGAAGUGAGGAUGUUGCCUACUAUGGAUCCGUCGGUAUUGGCGGACAGAACUUUAACGUAAUCUUUGACACUGGUUCGGCCGAUGUGUGGGUGCCUGGUCCUUCUUGCACGAGGCUCAAGGGUUGCGUCCACAGUACCAAGUACGACCAAGGCGGUUCGGAUCUGGGAACCAAGACCAGCAUCCAGUAUGGAUCGGGAGCGACAGAGGGCGAGAACUACGUUGAUGAGUUCACCAUUGCCGGUCUGACCGCAACAAACCAGACGCUCAUUUCCGUCACGACGGCCUCGGGCUUUACCCAGAUUGACGCCGAUGGCCUGGCUGGUAUGGCUUUUUCCACCAUUGCGCAGGACAAUGGUACCACCUUUUUCGAGAAUCUGGUUGCCCAGGGUGCCGUAGACACGGAUGAGUUCGGCUUCUAUCUUGGUCGUGUCUCGGGUGGCACGCAAAAGGACUCGGAGCUGACCCUUGGCGGUCGCGACAGCACCAAGUUCACCGGCGACUUUGUGACCGUCCCCGUCUCAUCGCAGACCUACUGGCAGGUUGACCUCGAUGGAGUCAAGGUCGGUGGCACCACUGUCGCCAACAGCAAGGGACAGGCGGCCAUUGACACGGGCACGACCAUUCUCCUCGCGCCUACUGCUGCCGCAGCUGCCGUAUUCGCCGAGAUCAAGGGCAGCUUUGGUCUUACUCUCGAGGGCCAAAAGAUCUACCUCUACCCAUGCAACACGGCCAACAUCCCCAGCAUCACCUUUGCCGGCGUCGACCUGGCCAUUAACCCACUCGACUUCAAGCUCGGCUCCCUAGGCCUCGGCGUCGACGUUGACGACCUGACCCUCGGAAACGCCGACCUGGCCGCCGAGAUCCGGCAAAAGGCAUCCGAGCUCGCCCCCGAGGCUGGCGGUUACUGCAUCGCUGGAUUCUCGGGGGGCGACCUCACCGGCAUCGACGACCUCUACAUUGUGGGAGACACGUUCAUCAAGAACUGGUACUCGGUCUUCUCCUACUCGGCCGCCAGUGGUGCGCCAGCUGUUCUCUUUGCGCCCAACAUUGGACAGUCGUAA